AGGGUGGCGUCCAAGGACCGCGGGGACCUUCUGGAGGUAAAUCUGCAGAAUGGCAUUUUGUUUGUGAAUUCUCGGAUCGACCGGGAGGCUCUGUGCGGGCGGAGCGCAGAGUGUAGCAUCCAUUUGGAGGUGAUCGUGGACCGGCCGCUGCAGGUUUUCCACGUGGAGGUGGAGGUGAGGGACAUUAAUGACAACCCGCCUGUGUUCCCAACCACACAAAAGAAUUUCUUUGUUUCGGAAACAAGAGCUCUAGACUCUCGUUUUUCACUAGAGGGCGCUUCAGAUGCAGAUAUCGGAACCAAUGCUCUGCUGACUUACAGACUGAGUCCCAAUGAGUAUUUCUCCCUGGAAGUACCAACCACAGAUGAGCAGGUUAAACCACUCGAACUAGUAUUAAAAAAACCUUUAGACAGAGAACGAUCUUCUGAGCUUCACUUAGUGGUUAAAGCAACGGAUGGGGGCAAACCCGAGCUCACAGGCACCUUGGAACUACACAUCACAGUGCUGGAUGCAAAUGAUAACGCUCCAGUGUUUGACAGGGCAAUCUAUCGGGCGAAGCUGGUGGAAAAUGCAAGAAAUGGAACCCUGGUGAUCAGACUAAAUGCCUCGGAUUUGGACGAAGGUCCAAACAGUCAAAUUCUUUACUCCUUUGCAACCGAUGUUUCCCCUAAGACAGAAGCCACCUUUCAUAUCGAUUCAGUAAGUGGAGAAAUUAAAGUCAGUGGAAAAAUAGACUUUGAAGAAACUAAUUUAUGGAAGAUUCAAGCAGAAGCAGUUGACAAAGGCAGUCCUCCAAUGUUCGGUCACUGCACAAUCUUAGUUGAAGUCCUAGACGUCAAUGAUAAUGCUCCCGAGUUAAUAAUAACAUCAUUAUCACUCCCUGUGCGAGAGGAUGCCCCAUUGGGGACAGUUAUCGCCCUAAUCAGCGUGACAGACCCAGACUCAACUGUCAACGGGCAGGUGACCUGCUCCCUGAACCCUUAUGUCCCAUUCAAGCUGGUGUCCACCUUCAAGAAUUACUAUUCGCUUGUGCUGGACAGCGCCCUGGACCGAGAAACCACCGCUUACUACAAAGUGGUAGUGACAGCCCGGGACGGUGGCUCGCCCUCGCUGUGGGCCACAGCCAGCGUGUCCAUGGAGGUGGCUGAUGUGAACGACAACGCGCCCACGUUCCCGCAGCCCGAAUACACGGUGUUCGUGAAGGAGAACAACCCUCCCGGCGCCCACAUCUUCACGGUGUCGGCCAUGGAUGCGGACACGCAGGAGAACGCGCUGGUGUCCUACUCGCUGGUGGAGAGGAGGGUGGGCGAGCGCUUGCUGUCCAGCUAUGUGUCUGUGCACGCUGAGAGCGGCAAGGUGUUCGCGCUGCAGCCUCUGGACCAUGAGGAGCUGGAGCUGCUGCAGUUCCAGGUGAGCGCGCGGGAUGCUGGUGUGCCUUCCCUGGGCAGCAAU